AUGCAAUUCGCCCUACCUCCACGGAGGAGUCCCCUCCCAAUCGCGCGAUCAUCGCGAACGCCGUCCUACCGAAGAAAGCAGCUCAAGACAGUCGCCAUAUUCGGCUUCGCAAUUUUCUCUCUCCUCUACCUAUUACACCAUUUCUUCUCCUCAACCUCGACACCCGCUGCUGCAUCAGCAGGCACUUCAGGUGUCGUGAUUGUCACACUACUUGAUCGCAAACACUUUAGUGAAAGCUAUGUGAAGAAGAUCGUCGCAAACCGGGAAGAUUAUGCAAAGCGUCAUGGGUAUACAAACUUCUUCGCCAGCAUCUCCGACUACGACGAAGCCAUCGGCGACGCCCCAAAAAGCUGGGCAGUCGCCCCAGCAGUCCGACAUGCAAUCGCCACCCACCCGCGCGCGGCAUACUUCUUCCAUCUGAGCCCCCACUCUCUCAUCAUGAACCCGAGCAAAUCGCUCAAAUCACACCUUCUCGAAAAGGGCCGGUUGGAAUCUUUGAUGUUGAAGGAUACGCCCAUCGUGCCGCCCGAUAGCAUCAUCAAGACAUUCACACAUCUAAAGGAGAAGGAUGUGGAUCUGAUUAUCACGCAGGACAAGGAGGAUCUCAAUCCCGGGAGUUUUAUCCUUCGGAACGGAGAGUUUGCGCGGUUUUUCCUUGAUAUCUGGUUUGAUCCGUUGUAUCGGAAUUACAAUUUUGCUAAGGCGGAAAUUCAUGGUUUGGAUCAUAUCAUGCAAUGGCAUCCGACUGUUCUUGCCCGCACUGCCUUGGUACCUCAGCGUACUUUGAGUUCGUAUGGCAAAGAUUCCUCGACUGCUUCGUUGGAUGGGAUCUACAAAGAUGGUGAUCUUGUAGUUCAAUUCCAGGGCUGUGAGGAAACAGAGGGCCGUGAUUGCGCGCAAGAAUUUGAGCCAUAUUACAAGUUGUGGCAGAAGAAAGUGAAGAGUGACUAA